UCUCUCACAAAUCUCAACAACUACACUUUGUAGCAAAAGUUUCAUUUUGUGAGAUUCGUUCGUCGGUCGAUUUCUUAAUCAAGUUUUACUUCUUUUUCUUUUCAUAUUUCCGGCGAGUUCAAUGGAUCAAGAGAUAGAGAUUCCUUCUUUCUUCCUAUGUCCGAUCUCUCUAGAUAUUAUGAAGGAUCCGGUGAUAGUUUCCACCGGAAUAACCUACGACAGAGACAGCAUCGAGAAAUGGCUCUUCACCGGUAAGAAAAACUCAUGUCCGGUCACAAAACAAGCCAUAACCGAAACCGAUCUCACACCAAACCACACUCUUCGCCGUCUGAUCCAAUCUUGGUGUACUCUCAACGCAUCUUACGGUAUCGAGAGAAUCCCAACUCCAAAGCCUCCGAUCUGUAAAUACGAGAUCGAAAAGCUCAUCAAAGAUUCUUCAUCCUCACAUCAAAACCAAGUCAAAUGCCUCAAAAGACUUCGUCAAAUAGUGACGGAGAACACAACGAACAAACGAUGCUUAGAAGCUGCAGAAGUUCCCGAGUUCUUGGCAAAGAUCGUCAGCAGCUCCGUAGAUACUUACAACUCUCCUUCUCCUUCCCUUUCUUCAUCGAAUCUCAACGACUUGUGUCAAUCAAACAUGUUGGAGAAUCGGUUCGAUUCUUCGAGGAGCUUAAUGGACGAAGCUUUAAGCUUACUCUACCAUCUCGACACGUCGGAGACAGCCCGCAAGAGUCUUUUAAACAACAAGAAGGAAACAAAUCUUGUGAAGACGUUGACUAAGAUAAUGCAACGUGGGAUCUACGAGUCAAGAGCCUAUGCGACUUUGCUUCUCAAGAAGAUUCUCGAAGUUGCGGAUCCAAUGCAGAUCAUACUGUUGGAACGUGAGCUUUUCAAUGAAGUGGUUCAGAUCUUGCAUGACCAGAUCUCUCACAAGGCAACGAAAUCAGCAAUGCAAAUCUUGGUGAUUAUAUGUCCAUGGGGAAGGAAUAGACACAAGGCUGUGGAAGCUGGAGCGAUCUCGAUGAUAAUCGAGCUUCUAAUGGAUGAAACUUUCUCAUCCGAGAGAAGGAAUUCGGAGAUGGCGAUGGUGGUACUUGAUAUGUUAUGUCAAUGUGCAGAAGGAAGAGCUGAGUUCUUGAAUCAUGGUGCGGCUAUUGCGGUUGUGUCUAAGAAGAUAUUGAGGGUCUCACAGAUAACUAGCGAGAGGGCGGUUAGGGUUUUGCUUUCCAUUGGGAGGUUUUGCGCAACACCGUGUUUGUUACAGGAGAUGUUACAAUUGGGAGUUGUGGCGAAGAUGUGUUUGGUGCUUCAAGUGAGUUGCGGGAACAAGACUAAGGAAAAGGCGAAGGAGUUGCUUAAGCUUCACGCUAGGGUUUGGAGGGAAUCACCUUGUGUCCCAAGAAAUUUGUAUGCUUCAUAUCCUGCUUGAACGGCAACAUAAAACAACGAACAUGUUUAAUUAAUUCUCAUCAGAUACAAAUAAUUCUUUGAGAGUUAUUCUUCCUAUAAUUUCAUUAAAAAAAAUUGAGUGGUUUA